CGCGCCCCAGGGCGGCCGCACCGCCACCGUGGAGCUGCUGGUCGACAGGGGGGCCCGCACGGGCGGGCUGGACUUUGAUAGCCUCACGCUCUGCCAGGUGGCCGCCUUCCAAGGCAAGCCGGAGCUGGCGAACUGGCUGGUGAGCAAGGGCUCCUACAAGAACCUCCACAACAUGGCCGAGGAGCGCCCCUGCCCGAACCUCGAGGCCCGCUCCCGCUACGAGAGGCCGCUGUGGGCGCCGCCGGAGGCGAGAAGGAAGCCCCCGAGGAGGCUGGACGCCUCGGACGAGGCGGCCGUCGUGCCCGAGGCCCUGAGGCGCGAUACCAGCCCCUCGCGGCAGGCGGAGGCGCGGGCGGCUCGCCCUUCAGCGGCGGGCGACGCGCCCCCCCCGCGGGCCCCGCGGGCCGCCGCCGCGCGGCCGAGCGCCACCUCCGAGCUGUCCAGGUCGUCCACGGUCUCCGAGCUGCCCGGCCGGGCGAGCGUGCUCGCGCCGAGAGCGUCCACGGUGGACGCGCUCGCGCCGAGGGCAUCUGCGGCGGACGGCGAGGACGCGGCGGGCAGCUCCCGGGCCGCCCCGAGCCGCGAGUCCUCGCGGGCCUCGCUGGCGGCCCCGCCCGCCGCCGCCGGCGCGGCGGACGGGUGCUCCACCUGGCCGUUGGCGCCCGGGCGGCCGUCCCUUGGCCGCCCGGCCUCGCAGCCGCAGCUCGGCCGCGCGCGGGCGUCGCAGGUCUCUCGGCCCUCCGGCGUGGAGUCGCGCAGCGACGACCCCAGCGGCAGGGGCAGCAUCUCGACGCUGCGGGAGGUGUCCAUGGAGCUGGCGGACGGCCCCGCGGCGAGGGGCGCCGCCGCGGACCGACCGCGGAGCCGCGGGGCGCCCCUUCGGGGCUGAAGCUCUGAGAGGGCCGGGGCGCCUCGGGGCCUUCGCCGCGGCACGCGUCGGGGUGCACUCAGGCAGCCCGCCCACGGGUUGGACACCUCCUUCAGACCCGCCCAUGGGUGGGACAUCGCCUUCAGACACGCCCAUGGGUUGGACAUCUCUUCUCGGUCCAGCGCCGAGCCAAGGAGUCGUGCUCAUGCCGUUCUGCUGCUCCUGGGCCUCCGCCAGCAGGCCCUGCCCUGUCUCACCCCGUGCUGUGCCGUGGCCGCCCCUGGUCGAGCCCGCCCCCGCUCUGCAUGCACCCCAGCACAGCGCGCGCCGCCGCCACACAGCGCGGUCUCCCGCAGCCGAUCGGCGCGCCCUGGUUUCACCCCGCUGUCAUGCACGACUGUGCCCUCUCCCCCAGGCCUCCUGACAGGGAGCCCCCCUCUCUGGGGCCCCGCCCCGAGAAUUCAUCCCCCCGCCCCGCCCCCCGCGGCGGAGGCGCGCCACAGCGCGCGCCCCCUGCGGCCGGGGGGGCGGGCACGCGCCACCUGGCCCGCCACGGAGGAGGAGGAGGAGGAGGAGGAGGA